GGCACUUUCUCCUUCAUGUUACUGACCUGGGAGGAGCCACUUUAGGACAUGGAUCCCAAAGGAGCAAGAGGUACCAGGAAGCACCGCUGAUCUGCACAGACCCCCUGUGCCUGCUGCUGCCCCACAGUGAACAGCCAGGGACCACAUCCCACUGCCUGCCCAGAGUCCAUCCAUGGAGGUGACCACCAUGUCCCCACCUCCCACCUCACCCACUGGAGAUGAUUUGUGUGAGAUUGAUGUCACCAACGUGGCCAUAGAUGGUGUCUUGCUGCUCAUCUGCCUCUGUGGGCUGGCUGGGAACGGAGCUGUCCUCUGGCUCCAAAACAGGAACUCCAUCACACUCUACAUCUUCGACCUGGCCUUUGCUGAGUUCCUCUUCCUCCUCCUCAUGUUCCCCUCCACCCUGCUGUACCUGCUGGAGAACGUUCUGAGGAUACUUUUCCUGCUGUCACUGCUUCCCUACAACCUGGGGCUGCACCUGCUGACAGCAGUCAGCAUCAACAGGUGCAUGUCCAUCCUCUGCCCACUCUGGUACUACAGGCACUGUCCCCAGCAACUUUUGGAGGUGGUGAACGUGCUCUUAUGGGCCCUGUCCGUCGGUUUCAUCGUCACAGUUACUUCUCUGUGCCUCUGCCAGGAGCACGAGUACUGCCGGGUGUCUCUCCCCUCCAUGCACGCCCUCAACCUCUUCCUCUUUGCCCCUGCCAUGCUCAUUUCCAGCACAAUCCUCUUCAUUAAGGUCAAGUCUGGCCCCCAGCAGCAGCAACAGAAGAGACUUGACAUUGUUACCCUCCUCACUGUGCUCUUCGUCCUCCUCUUUGCUCUCUCCCUCAGCCUCUCCAACUUCCUGCAGCAGCUCGGCUACACCACUGUGUCCUCACAGGUUUUUUUCCUGCUCACCUGCAUCCACAGCAGCAUCAGACCCUUCGUCUACUUCUUGGUGGGGACCUGGAGGAGGGACUGCUCCAUGGAGACCUGCAGGAGGCACUUCUCCAUUCAGUCCCUAAGGAAGGCCCUCCACAGCAUCUUCGGGGACGUGAAAGGAAACACUGCCUGCAGUGAUGGUGCUGCUGUGGACACAGGGGUCUGAGCUGUUGAUCCCUUCUCCUGCUCUGCUGAAGGACCCUGGGACAGUGGCUGACAGUUUCCUUCCUGAGCUAGGAACUCUCCCAUUUGGGAGGAUCCUUGAACGCUGACAGCUCCUGGGCCGAUUCCCCCACUUCUCAAGGCUCAACGCUUCGCCUGGUGAGGAGCUGCAAGCGUAUCCAGAGUGAGCAUUCCACUGCCUUUGAGGGAAAUUUUUUGUUUGUCUCCGUCCACACACAUCAUAUUUCCUGUUUCGUUGACUAGAAUUUCUCCAUAAAGUUUUUUCCCUUGGUGUGCCUGUCAGGUCCGGGCUGGACUGAACCUGGCCACUGAACUCCGUUGUGCUGACACUUGCUAUUAAAUCCUGGUUUUACUGAUCCCCUUGGCGGUGAUAUUUUCAGUGAUCUCAAACACUAAUUUGGAACACUCCCACAGUGUAAUCCCGCAGGAGAAGGGAGCAGGGGCAUGUGGGAGGAAUGCUCUGAGUGGAGCA